AUGACACCCACUCCGCACCUUCCAGACGAGAUAUUGCUCAAGAUUCUUGUACCUGUCCUCGAGGUGCCCGACGAGUUGUUCUGUAGCACCGACCUGAUCUCCCCCUUCUCGAAAUACGAACUCUCAUCAGCCGGAAUCGCCGCUGUCUGCAAAGACUGGUAUCGCGUCGCCACUCCCCUCCUCUACCACACCGUCGUCCUUCGCUCCAAGGCUCAAGCCCACGCCCUCUACGAAACUGUCAAGAAAGACAAACACAACCGUCUUGUGCCGCUCAUCAAGAGAAUUAGGCUCGAGGAGUGGUACGGCUUGUACGCUGGGAAAGUACUGGAGAGGUGCGGAAAGUUGUUGGAAGAUUUAUGGAUUACGACUUCGCUAUGGUCCAACGAGAAUAUAGCUGGCUAUCAAAACGGAUUUGCCGCGAUUAACCCUCGGAGGGUGAUUUUGGUUCAGCAAGUGCAACGGCAGAGGCGGAAGCCAAAGAUCGAGGAGCUGGCGAGGGCGUUGAUCACAGGUUCACUGAGCGUGUGGACUAAUCUCCGUGUAUUGCAUAUGGUGAACCAAGAGCCAUGGGCUUUCAGCAUGUGGCGACUCCUCCCUGAUAUGUCCAACUCGAACGUCGAGGUGGUUCAGAUCGGAGGAAACGAGUGGUGUCGUGCGGAAAGGGAACUUCCACGGUACUAUCCCACUUUGUCGACCAUGCCUAGGUUGCGACAAAUUCGCGUCAUCACCGACUUUCCUGAUGUUCCUGGCGAUCACCCGAUUUGGGUCACAGAGGAGGGGAAACGGUUGGUGAAUGACCAGGGAUUUCGGGAGAAGCUUUUCUUUCAAGAGCCAAAACCUUGUCCCCUCGAGGAGCCACCGGUCGACCCGUUCCUGGUGAGGCUCAACCAACACUUGAAGAACCCAGUCAUCCAGAGCAUGGGUGCAGUACUGUUGCCCAUUUGUUUCCAAGAGUUGAAUUUGUCCACCCAUGAAGUCGUUUGCCAUAUCUUCAAACCAACCUACUUGGUACCACACCCAACUCUACCGGAUAAUAGCCCCAAUGUCACGACGCUCUCAUUGGACUUGCAGAGGCUCAAUGUGGAAGAUCAUAAGGCGGAGGUGUUCUGCUCUUGGCUCGGGGCCUUCUUGUCCAACUUGAAGAAGUCACCGAAACCGACCAACCUGUGGAAUAUCCGCCAAGUCGUCACUCCUCGAACUCGAAGCUACAAACGCGCCCUGACUCCUCUUACAUGUUACAUCCGCUGGCCAAGAAAGCCGUAUACCAUCCACUCACAUGCCGCUGAGGUCUGGGAGGACAGACCUCGAAUUGGCGGGUAUGCCUACAACCUCAUUAUCAGAAACGCGUGGUCUACACUUGCACACCUGCAUCUUUCGGUUUUGGCGACGAUGGAGACGUCAAAGGCGAUGUUUUCCGACUUUGUUGAGAGUCUAGGAGCGCUGGGCAAUCUGAAAAGUCUGAUAUUGGACAUGAGCCCGGUGAAGGGUGGUGGCUCUCUGCGACUGAACCGACAGAUCAGGGAUCGGGUCGCUCCGUGGCUGCCACGGCUCGAGCAACUUGCCUUUGUGGAUUGGCCCUCCCUUACCGCUGUUUCUCUUUUUCAGCUCUUCUCAAACAUGGAUCUUCCUUCUCUUAGGCGGGUUGACUUUCCUAAUCCUUCAGCUGACUUCCCUGGAGGAGUGAUGCGGGAGUUCCUCGUCUACCAUGGCCACAAGCUCACUGUGAUCCAAGUUGAGCCCUCGAUCGAGUACCUCCUGGAAUUCUGUCCGAAUGCGAGAACAUGGAUCAUCCCGCCGACCACCAACGGCACCAUCGCCUUUGAUUCAGAUUUAUGUCUGAAAUCUCUCACCACCAAUUCAUCGGAAGUACAGGAUGAAGACCGACCCGAAAUCGACCAGGACCCCAUGAUAUUUCGAUUGGAAAUGAUCCGUUUUCCGACACUGAACGUAGUGCAAGUCUCGUUGCUUUGA